AUGGGCAAAAUCAAUAUCGAAAGCUGCCCCAAGCUCUCCAUGGAAGAAGAAUCAAUGGGCUUCCAUCUUGAUGAAAAGGAAACGCUUUCGAGGUCUCGACGAUCUACACUUUACCACCUUAAAACGCUCUACCUCUUCACAAAAAGCGACUGCAAGACAGUAGUUAUUCCGCAAAUGCUCUUCGCAAUUUCCAGCAUUCUUACCAACGGCUUCCGGAACCUCGACACCCUGCCAACUCUCACUUUGACCACCUUCUUCAAGCCCCUGAUACACGCUGUGAUUUGGAUCUAUGCCAAUCUUCUUCUCGAGAACCUCGCAAACCAACGUCUUCCGGGAUCCAUGAUUGAAGAUGCCGCCAACAAGUCUUGGCGACCCCUGCCAUCGGGCCGGAUAACGGCAGACCAAACCAGACGGAUCGCGCUCUAUCUCGUGCCAUCGCUCAUGAUCUUCGGGGCAUAUAGCGGCGCUUUUCGCGAGACGACGAGUUUCAUUGCGUUUGUGUGGAUGUACAAUGAUCUCGACGCUGCUGACACGAGCAUAUGGUGGCGGAACAUAGCGAAUGCCUUAGGUCUCAUGGCGUUUUCUGCGGGAGCCCUGGCGAUUACGGGCGGGACGGUUGAGCACCUAGCGCUGCUUGGCAAGACUGCCGCUCAGACAUCCAUUCAACGACGGACCAGGCAGUCUGCGAGAGGAAUCAAAGGCAGCCUUUCAAGGACACUUGCAAUCAUUCUCGGAAGCAACAUCAUGGCCUGGCCGUCCUUGGCCAUCUUGAAGUCCUUUGGGAGGGAUGAAGAACGGCUUCGCAUGGCCGAGGAUCCUGGGCCGACAGCUUCGCAUGGUAUUAAAUUGCAACGCAUGAUGGGAGGCCUAGAUCUUCUCCUACCAAAGCCUGAUCCCGGCAUAGCUGCAAUGGCCAUUGUUGCUUUCGGAGCCGGAGUAUGCACGAUGUACCAUCUCAAUCGCGAUGAUGAACUCCAAGACAAAAUUCUCGCUGCGGGAAUGACACUCGCGUUCAUAGCCGGAACAAUUCUUGGAUACGAUGCAGAAGCCAUUAUCCUGAACAUACUUCCUUGGACGAUCCUACUUGCUCUCUCGCUCAGUGCAAUCGUGCAUCAAAUCUGGCGUUACAUGGCGUGGACACCGAGGAGCUGCGAUAGUGGCUUGCCCAUAUGGACAUACUCUUGA